AAGAAGGUAGCGAUAAUGAUCACGACAGAGCAAAAUAUCGACUAACACUGCUUCUCACAAGAUCUUAGCCUACAAAGCCUAACUGCAACACUUCAGGAAGUUUUGUAGUAGAGAAUCAUGAGGAAAACAAAGUGUCCGGUUCACCUGAAUACUGUCCACCACGCCACUGUCCGGUCGGUGAAAUCUGCCAGGACCGGACCAGCUGACCGGAACCGUUACCGGUUCAUUACACCCGACAACCGGCCUGCUCGUUUCUUCUCAAUUGGGUCGAAGCAAACCCUAAUUGGUUCGCCCUAACUUUGCUCCUCCUCUGGUUUUCCAUCGCCCGCCGUUUGAUUUCCGACUCGGCUCUGUCCCUUUGCGGUUCUUUCCGACUCCGAGCUCCGAAGCAGAAGCGGGCAUUGUUUACAUGUGAAGAGGUUGCUGGAAUGGCUUCGGGUUCUGAAAUGGUGUCUGCUACGAAGCAAAAGACUGACCCGGCAUGGAAGCAUUGCCAAAUGGUUAAGAAUGAAAACAGCGUGCACCUCACGUGCUUGUACUGUGCUAAAGUAUUUAAGGGUGGCGGGAUUCAUAGGAUGAAGGAACAUCUUGCUGGUCACAAGGGUAACGGGUCGAUUUGUCUCCGGGUCCCGCAAGACGUCUGGCAAUCAAUGCGAGAGAGCCUUGAGAAGUUGGAGCCGAGGAGGAAAAGGAAAUCAAAAGGUGAUGUAGUGGUCUCGAAUAGUAACCCGCCGACUGAUGCCUUGGCCUAUCAAGGUGACCCGGAUGCAAGAAUUGAGCCCGUUUCGGUUCUAACAGACCCCAUUGAGCCUAACUCAAGCUCAUUCAUCACAGAACAAGGUAGAAUUACGAAAAGCAAAGUAAGGCGGAAGAGACAAGUAGACAACAGCGCCAUGGAAACAUCUGAUAUGAUGCCAAUAGGAGGAAAUCUUGAUAAUAGCCUGCUUGAAACUCCCCGACCGCUUUUGGUCAGAGGGGUGCCUGAUGCAGCGAAUCCAAAUAGCAUUUCGUCUAGUAAAAGGAGCAUGAAUCAUAUUGACAUGGCAAUUGGGCGGUUCUUGUUUGACAUAGGGGCUCCUUUAAAUGCGGUGAAUUCAUCUUACUUCCAACCCAUGAUUGAUGCGAUCGCUUCUGUUGGACCAAUCGUUGCAGCACCAAGCUAUCACACUCUAAGAUGUCAGAUUCUGAAGAAUAUAGUCGAAGAAGUGAAGAGUGAAACUGCCAACUACUCUUCGGUGUGGGAGAAGACAGGCUGCUCUCUUUUGGUCGAGCAAUGGAACAGUGAAUUGGGUCGGAAAUUCUUGAGUUUCUCUGUUCAUUGUCCUUCCAGGACGGUUUUCUUGAAGGGUCUGGCCCUGCCCGAUUUAAUACAGUCAUCAGAUUUUCUAGUUGAAGUGCUUAAGCAGGUAGUGGAUGAAGUAGGAGCACAAAAUGUGCUGCAAGUUAUUACUGGUGGGGAAGAGCAUUUGGCUUCAGCUGGGAAAAAGUUAAUGGAGAUUUUCCCAACUCUUUAUUGGGCUCCUUGUGCAACUCAAUGUAUAGAUUUGAUACUCGAGGACUUUGCUAAACUUGAAUGGAUCAAUUCAGUCAUUCGACAAGCUCAAUCUAUGACGAGAUUUAUAUAUAAUCACAUUACAGUUUUGAACCUUAUGAGAAAGUUUACCUGUGGCAAUGACAUUGUAGAACCGGGAGGAAGCCAGUCUGCUGCAAAUUUCGGGACCCUUAAACGAAUGAUUGAUCAUAAACAGAAUUUGCAGGCAAUGGUGACUUCAGAGGUGUGGAUGAAUUGCCCAUUUUCGAAGAAACCAGAGGGUCUAGAAAUAUUGGAUACUGUAACUAGUCAGUCCUUCUGGUCAUCGUGCAUUCAUGUGACCCACUUGACAAAUCCUUUACUGCGACUAAGAAGAAUCGUUGGAAGUGAGAAAAAAGCUGCAAUGGGUUAUGUUUACGCAGCAAUUUAUCGGGCGAGAGAGGAAAUCAAGAAAGAGCUCACUAAGAGGGAGGAAUAUUUAUUCUACUGGAGCAUAUUAGACCGUAGGUGGGGACAACUUGAUGGUCUUCCUCUUCAUGCUGCGGGUUUCUACCUAAACCCGAAAUUCUUUUAUACCAUCAAAGGAGAUAUUCCUGGUCAGAUCAUGUCUGGGAUGUUCGAUUGCAUAGAGAGAUUGGUGACUGAUAUAAACAUCCAAGAUAAAAUUAUUAAAGAGAUGAGCUCAUACAAAACUGCUGCUGGAGAUUUCGGGAGGAACAUGGCCAUUAGAGCCAGAGAAACUCUGUUUCCCGCUGAAUGGUGGUCAACCUACGGAGGAGGUUGCCCAAAUCUAAAGCGUCUUGCAAUUCGAGUUCUGGGUCAAACCUGCAGUGCAGAUGUAUGUAAGAGUCUCCAGAUUCCCUUCGACCAAGUACAUGAGAUGCAGAACAGCCUGGAGCAUCAACGACUCAGUGACCUACUCUUUGCUCAAUGCAAUUUGCGUCUGAGGGGUGACAAGAACCGCGAAUAUCAUUUCACGGAUCCACUGGCUUCUGAUACCACGGUUGUUGAUUGGGUCACUGGUAAGGACUUCUACUCACGGGACUGUGAUAGUCUAGAUUGGAACUCAAUUGAUCCGCCUUCUGCAAGCCCGAUAUUUUUGGGGAAGUCCACUGAUGAAACUGAAGAUUUGGGUGCAGGUUUUGAUGAUUAUGAGAUAUUCGAUAGAGUGAAAGAUGAGGAAAACGCUGAGGAGAAUGCUGUGACGAUGAAGGACCAAUUUGCAAAUUUCGUUGUGAAGAAAGUGCUGGAAACUUGUGAUGAUAUUCAGCAGAACGAUGGCGAAUAGUUAAAUAUCUCUCCUCUCUUUUUCCUCUCGUGUUUGUUAUAGCGCUGUCGAUUUGGUAGGUGGCUCAUUGUAAAUGUACUGCACUAAUUUGGGAUAUGUCUAACAAUUUAACGAUGGGGCUGGUUGUAGCUAAAGUCUUCUCAGAUUGUCUUUGUAGAUUCUGUAGAUAUGUAAUUUCCAAUGAUGUUUCUACUGAUGGAUCAGAUUAAUUCUGCUGCUAAUGUUUAUUUGGGCUCACUUUUCAA